AUGGUUGUGACUGCUCCCGAAUACGUUACCAAGAAGUACAACCUCAAGGCACUCAAGAGUCUGGAGGAGUUGGUCGCCGACGCGGUGCAAACCAACAUCCCCGUGAGAUUACCCUACCACGCUGUGGCAACCAUAAACAUUAUCGGCACAUAUCAGCUAACAAUCAACCAGCACGCACAAGGCUGGAAUCAUGCCAAGCCGAUCAUCGCGAACCCUUCAACUUACGAGAUCAUCGACCCUAGCUUGUUCGGAUUGACACGCGACGCCUCGAUCAAUUCAAGAAUUACAGGCUGGAUGGAUUAG